AUGUCCGCCUCCGCCCAGAAGACUAUCCUCAUCACCGGCGCUAACAGAGGUAUCGGCCAGGAGAUCGCCAAGCAGUACUUGAGCUUUGGAUGGCGUGUCGUUGCCGGCGUGAGGGAUGUGACCAAGAUGCCCAGGCUGUCAGAGAAGGAAGGUGAUGUCGUUGUCGUCAAGAUCGACUCCAAGUCCACCACUGAUGCCAAGGAGGCUAUCCAAGAGCUCAAGACCAUGUACAACAUCACCCACCUCGACAUUGUCCUCGCCAACGCCGGUAUCGCCCCCAUCGGCGACCUCAUGUCCGAAGCCUCCAUCGAAGAGCUCGACGAGGUCCUCAACGUCAACACCCGCGGACCUUUGGUGCUCUAUCAGGCGACGAGGGAGCUGUUGGAUGAUGACGGGUGCUUUGCCGUGAUCUCGAGUAUGUUGGGGAGUAUCACGCCGGAUAGGUGGGCGAGGUUUGGGAUUUACGGGACGAGCAAGGCUGCUGUCAACUUUAUAAUGAGGACUAUCCACACCGAGGAGCCUAAGCUGAAGGUACUCUCCAUCCACCCGGGCUGGGUCGAGACCGGUAUGGGCGUCGAGAGCGCCACUGUUGCCAAGGUCGAUGCUCCCCCUUACACUAUGGCUGAUACUGUUCCCGGUAUCGUCAAGAUCCUCAACAACGCUACCAAAGAAGAGACUUCCGGCUGGAUGUGGAACUUGUGA